UGUCCCUAUAUUAAGCUCAUUAAUUAAGGUGCAACUAAUCCAAGAGAUUAUGUUCAAGUUGGAACCACUUGCCCCCAGAAUAGCAGCUUUUUCAGAUUUCUCUACUUAAAAAAUACCAAGUAGCAGAUCGUUCAGCCAGUAAGAACAAGCAGCUGGUAUAUUAAUGGAAUCCAUGUGAGAUGUGACUUAGGUUAGGCAGAGCAAAUUGAUUCCCCUUAAACAAAGCUAGCUCUCAGCAGAAUUUCAACGCACAGAUCCACAUCUCGAUCAUAGCUAUCUUAGCUUCUCCUUUAAUUGAUUCUCAAAGCUUAGCUAUCUGCUUCGAACUCAACUCCAUCUUCAAGGAGACUUAGUGCCGGCCACUCUCGGAUUUGAUCGAUGACGAAGGACAGAAACUUAGGGUUUGCGGUGGAUUUCUCGAAGGGAAGCAAGACUGCUCUGAAAUGGGCUCUUCAUAAUCUGAGUGACAAAAGUGACACCUUGUAUGUCAUCCAUGUCAAGCCUCAAGAAGGCAGUGAGAGCCGCAGCCUUCUUUGGUCUACCACCGGAUCACCUCUGAUUCCUUUUGCGGAGUUCCGUCAAAAGGACGUUAUGGAGAACUACGAGGUUGAGCUUGAUCAGGAGGUCUUGGAGUUGCUUGAUACUGCUAUUAAGCAAAAACAUGUGACGGUGAUAGCAAAGAUCUACUGGGGAGAUGCAAGAGACAAGCUUUGUGAAGCAGUGGAAGACUUAAAGCUCGACUGCUUGGUCCUUGGGAGCAGAGGCCUGGGCACCCUCCAAAGGGUGCUUCUGGGCAGUGUAUCAAGCCACGUUAUGGCGAAUGCAAAUUGUCCUGUUACAAUUGUCAAGGAUCAGAAAGUUUAAGGUGUUUAGUUGAAAUUUGUGAGACCCGGCCUGCAAAAAAAAUUGUGCUAUCAAAUAAAUAAGUUGUGUCUGUCCCAAAAAAUGAAAAGAAAAAUAAAUGAUUCAAAUUCUAUGGGUGCAUGCUUAUUUGUGUGUGUAGUUUGUUAUGUAUCAGUGAUUCAGUGGAAACAAUUAAUUCAUAUAUAUCAGCUUCAUUUUUCUUUUUCUUCAUUCU